AAGGUGUAUUGGGGAAACCAGAAAAUCAUUUAAAUAUCACUUAUAUUCAGUUGUAAUAAGUGUAAGUGAAUAAAAUAUGCACUUUUUUCUCAGGCGAUGCCGCGUGGCACGAUUGUUCUUUAGGUAAAAAAAAGCUGACUUGGCCCGGUAGCCCCGAGAUCGUACCGUGCUAACCCCCCACAGAGGAGGGGGGAGGGCAGGAAAGGGUCAGCUUUAUGUCUGCCGCAUACACCCGGAAAGGUGGGCCAAAAUGGUUACUGAGUGGGACCCACGGAACACCAAAGACGGUGCAGGACGUGGUGCAGGCAGACCGAAUUUAUUUCUUCUUAUUACAUACAUCAUACAUAUACAUAUAAUCACGCCUAUUUCCCGGAGAGGAAGGCAGAGACCACGGAUUUCCACUUGCUACGAUCCUGACAUACCUCUUUCGCUUCCUUCACUUCACUCGAAUAGAACAAAGUGGGGAAGAGUAAGCCUGCGUUUUGACCAGAUUGUGCGAGGAUGCGUAAAGCAGACAAUUAUGCGCGUGAAAUAGAGAUAGCAACAGGCGGGUCAAUGGACAAAAGUCAUGGCGAAAAUGGCAUGCAAAAAGGAGGAAAAUCUCUUAUGGCAGAACUAUUACAAAAGUGGCCAGCUUUCAGCUUUAAAUAAUAGUUCCUAAUCUCUCCGAUGGCGCUAGUUAUGUUCAUGGAUUACGUGAACCAUAGAGGUAUAAUAAUAUAGAGAUGGAAUAGAGAAGGGGCAACAAAUAACCCGACUAAAUUACGUAGGUUGUUUGUGGUAUCUUGUUAGGAAUGUUAAAACGUGUUUUUAAUUUUGUCGCAUUGCGUAUAUUAUGUCCCUCACUGGCGCACGCGUAUAGCACACUAUAUAAAUACUAGGUCUAUGACAUUUUAUUUCGGUGUAUUGUGGCGCCGGCCUUUUAAUGUUUUUGAUGGUCACUUUUCAUACAUAGAGAUUUACCUCCUUGUAUUCCACACCCCAUAGGCAAGCAGCUUAGCUGGCUUUACGGUCUUUUGGGUACUUAUAACUGGUUGGAUAGGUUAUCGCAAAAAAAUUAAAAAUUUAACAGACGUGUCAAAUGUCAAAACUCAUUUCCCUUUCUCUUUGGAUGUCAUUUGGUAUCUACGCAAGUGAAAUCGCUUCUGCUAUGACGCAUCAUAAAUAAAUAUAUUUUAUUGAAUAUCAUAGCUUAAGUGAAUGUUUUUUUACCAAAUUUAAAAUUAAAACAUGCCGAAAUAUUACAGAUUUAGAGCCACAACGCCUACCCGCAAGGUCAGGCAAAUUAAGGAGAAAGAUAUUAAGAGGGAAGUGCAAAAACCCGAGCACCCAUAUAAUCUGCCUGAAGACAUCCUGGGCCUGACGCUGGUGUGCGCGGCGCCAUCUUGGUACCUGCGCCGCACCGCGUGGCGCGAGGGCCCUACGAUCGCGGGCCCGCUGCGGCAGCUCUCGUCUGUCGCUGGACGGGCCGUCUUCAUCGUGAAGCCGUCGUGGUGAAGGCUACACUCGUUUAUUGAACGCUCGUUUAUUCAUAAUGUUUACCAGUGCAAAAGUUUUAAUUAUUAUUCAUUCAUUAAUGUCCUAACAAGGCUGCUUUGCCAGAGUGGAGGUGAACGGAGAUGGGAGUAAUCAACCAGUAGCAUUGAUUCUCAUCCACAUCUCUUCACCGCUCCGCUGGAUUUAGAUUUAGUUGUACUAAUGCUAUUAGACGGGUCCACACCGCGCAGCUCGCUAUGUGUAGCCGUGCCUCGGGCGAAGCAUACACAAUCGCGGCCACAAUGCCUCGGGCAAGGCGCGUCUUCACAGACGAGAUGCUUGCCGCGGCCAUUUCAUCGCGAGGCAUCUCGUUCUGUGUGAAUCCGCCUAUUGGUUGAUUCCGCAUAUCUUCACUCAUGUCCGCCUCAGCGCAAAACACCAUAACUCCUGCUGCUUGCAUUUUGCGAAACGCACGCGUACUGUAUUAUAAAACGUACUUCACAAAAUGCGCGCAAAUAGCGAUAUUUUUACAAAUUGUUCGCAAAUAAAGCGCUAGCAGUGCAUUCGCCAGAUUUCUUGGGCGUGCAGGGUUACUCAUGUUACUUUUGGUUGACUAGCUGAAGUUUUUUAACGAAACACGUGAUUCGACCUACGUUAAUUUUUCACAGAUAUAACUAGCUAAUGUGUAUUGAAUUUAUGUUUUUAGUGAAAAUUGUUGUGUUAUUGCUAAUGAGUACUGCAUUUGUUUUCCAAUUUUCUUUGAAACCUCAGCAAUUGUAAUGAAAUAAAUAAAACAAAACUAAAACAA